GCUACAACCAUGGAGCAGCGAGCCUCGUCCAGAGUCCCUGCCAGGGUGCGCAAGAGGACGGCGAUGGAUGGGGAGUUGGCAUACCUGCAGAUAGUGCUACCAAGUGACAAGGCAUGGCGCACUCACAACUACUACAAACUGGUAGAGAGGCAACGCAACAACCCUCCCUCCGAGCGACAACCAGAGGCAACGCAACAACCCUCCCUCCGAGCGACAACCGUAAGUACAACCACAACCACACAACCAAAACUACACAACCACAACUACUACAAACUGGUAGAGAGGCAACGCAACAACCCUCCCUCCGAGCGACAACCAAUGCCAGUCCCCUGGCCUGAGACUGAGGAGGAGAGUGAAGCAAAGCGACCACGAGUCUCAGAGGACAUUGGACGCAGCCGAGAGUGUCGACGCAGUAUACAGAGUGCUGGUGGUGUCUGCUGGUCUUCCUCUGACCUUGCACUUGCUGCCAAACUUUUAGAGACACCCAACGCCAGGUUUCCAACAAUAACAGUCAGCAACGUAGAGGAGAAAAGACGGGUAUUCACCCUCGUCUAUGAUGUCCUUCGUUAUAAAUCUGUACUGAACCAAGCCCUCAGUGAUGUUUAUUUCUUCAGCCGCUACUCUUACCUGAAGGAGCGCUGCCACCUAGUGUGGCUGCUGUUCCUAGACCUGUACAAGAGAGACUUCACCCUACGGGACCCUCUGGACGCUGACGUGGAGGCUCUGUUCCGAGCCCAAGGUCUGUUUGAGGUUGAUGAGGUGUUGUGGCAACUGAGAGUCAAAUUGGCAGCCACUGUGUCAAGACUGAGGAUCAAGAGUGGAGCUCACUCCCUCAGCGACCUACUACCUCGACACCUCAAGGUCAACAGGUCGGCUCAGCAGGAGAAUAUCAUCAGCGGCUGGGUCAACAUCUUCAAGACCAACUUGGUGGACACUUGUGCUUACCUGGAAAACAGUGGGUUUGAACCACUACCAAAAGACAGAGAAGUCCUCGAGCCUCUCACCUAUAAGACUGACCAUCUGCUGCCCAGGUUCCUCCACAUCAUGCCUAAUGUAAGAGAAGAACUGGUAGAGUCUCUGCUGGUCCAAGAUCACCACAUUGUCAUGCAGGAACGCACAUUCUGCCUGGGUCCAGCAGUUAUGGCACAGCUACUUAAAGACUUUGCACUUAGCGGCAAAGUGGCGCAGACUCAUGUCAAUUCCCCUAUCACAAUGGCUUACUUUGCCAACCUCCUCAUAAACAACGACAAAAUUGAAUCCCUCCUGGUUUUUGGCGCUGGAUAUAGGAAGGAAGCGUGUGAGCAGUACCUGAAAGAGCUGGGUGUGAAGAAUACUUUAGUGUUCUCUGAGAAUUUUGCUACAUUGUCACCAGAGAACAGAGUCCUGGACAACGUCAUUGCUGUAUUAGCAACUCCUCCCAACACUAAUAGUUCGGUUGUGGACCCGGUGGACUUAGCGGUCGCACGAGGAGGCGACCUUCAGAUUUUGCAACAGCUCACAGACGAUGACUAUGCCUCGACCCCAAGAGGUGACAAUAUCAACAAGUUCCUGCGAGAUCAGAGAGAUACAUUGCGGCGUGGUAUGUCCAAGCCUCAGAUUCAGUUUAUCGUGUACGAAACUCAUUCACGAUUCCAUUGUGAAAACGAGGAGAUGGCAACAAAUCUGGUAAACGAGUUGAACAACUACGCGAGAGAGGUUCACCUGGAGGAGAUGCGUCGAGCGCAAGGAGAGACUCAGGAGAGAGAGAGAUGUCAGGCGGAGGCAACUGAGGCUGCGGCAGACGUUCCUACAAUAAAAGUGGAAGAGGAACUUGCACUCCCACUGCCCUCUCCCACACAAUCUGUUCAGAUACCUCCGUCAGAUUUGUUUGAGAUUGCUGAAGUUCCAGACCUCUGUCCAAACAUGGAAAACUGCCUGGACCUGCAGAGUGAAGGAACUUACAUAGCAGUGAUCAAGCGAAAGGAAAUCACACGGCUGGACCCCAAGUACAUGAUCCAGAUGGCGGAGGCGAGAGGGUUGUUUGGGCGGCCGGACGCUUCUCCCAAGGCCAAGACUCCGGGUCAGACUGCUCGGGCUAAAGCUGCAUUGGCAGCACUACAGGCGCGAUCGGACUCCAUGGAGAAAAACAAGACUAAAGUCAAGGUGGAGAUGGAACGUAUAGCUGCCCCCACACGUGCCUCGCUGCUACGAGACAUCCAUCCACCUUCUACUAAGGACUGUCCACGCUUUACCCAUCACCUUGCUCACGACGGGACACCCUCGUACUUGUAUCCAGUACCUGUUGUAAGGAGAACCUUCCUUACUGCGGAAGAGGAAGAGGAACUCAUCAGAAGACUCUAUAUCUGUCCUCGGCUCGAUAUGUUCCCGCCAAAACUACAUGAGGAUUUACCAUCUUUGAAAUUUUGGAGUAGUCCAGCUUCUGUCAUUGAAAGCUACCUUCAGAGACAGUUAUUUCAAAAAAGGCUCCAGAUGGCAUAUGAAUUCAACCAAAGCAAAGAAACUGACGAGAUAGCAAAGCAUGAAGCCGUUGAUCAGAGUGCUGACCAAUUAGCAAAAGCUGUAAAUCAGUUAACUAACGAUAUCAGUUACUUCAAUAAUUUGGCACAACAGCCAUUGUCUAAUGAGUCAAUCAUUGCUGAAGGGUGUGAUGACCGAAAUAAAGAGCUUUGGGAUGAGAUCUGUCCAAGAAAAAUGUUAACUCCUCCCUACGAUCAUUCAGAGGACAUCGACAAAGAAAAGAUAUCAGCUAAAGAAAUAAAAUCCAAAAUACAAGUUCAUAAUCAAAUAAAAAAUAUAAUUUCUGAUUACAAAAAUUUCUACAGGUUAAAAAGUUUAGGUAGCUACAACAAACCCCCUUUAGCAGUUACUAUAGAUAAAUCACAUCACAUUAGUAGAGACGAUUCAUCUGAGAAAGAUAGCUAUUAUGAGACUAUGUAUCAAGAUGAAAUUCGUGAAAACAUGCAAGGAAUAACCAAAGAUCAAACGGAUCCUAAAAAGCCAUUUAGAAUUGAUCAUUUAGAAAUUGAGUUUUCAGAGAAUAAUUCCGAGGAAUAUGAAAAUUCAAUAGACUAUUCCAGUAAACUACCUAGUUUAAAAUCUGUAUCAGAACAUAAUUUACAAGGCACAGAAAUCAAGCAAAAAUCAUUAAAGAAAGAGCAAUCUGAGUAUUCUUAUUUUGACGGAAUUCUGCCUCAAAUACAUUCUAAAGGUUUUAAUAAAACAAAUUUGAAUAGACGAGAAACACUGCUUACUGUAAGAGAUUCUGUUGAACUUGCACAUAAAAGAAUUACCUCCACAGCUAAUGGAUACAAUGUACCAGGCAACCAAUUAGAACACCAUUCUCUCAAAAAACAGACUUCAGAUUAUAAAAAUCCUUACAGAAUGCUAACAUAUAAAUUACCAAAUGUCCAUUCUGAACCUUCGGUUUAUAACUCUGAAAAUAACAUUGAAACACACCUUGCCAAUCACAAAAUACCAAUGUCAAAAACAAAAACCAUAUCAAGUCAUAGAGAUUCACUCUUGCUGGUGUCACAAAGGAGUUCUUUAAAAAUCAAAGGAAAUGAAGACUUGAGCUGUGACAUUUGUAAAAAUCAGGAGCCGAAAUCAAUACAAUUCUUAUGUGACUACCAUGCAAGUUUUAUAGCUUCAAACCAACAGAGAUUCCAUAGUAUCAUAACAAAGAGUAUGUCAUGUCCAAGCUAUCGAGAUUCAGUGGUGAUCGCUAAAAGAAGAUUGUCUCUGAAAGACAACAAAAAGUCCGUAGCAUGUCAAGUUGAGGAUAUUCAUAAUGUAGAUGAAGUCCAACACUUAAAAGAUGGGAUGAUGAAGGGAAGGAAAAUGGGUAAGCAGAAUGAUGAAUCAGCAGGAAAUUUUGCCACGACAAAAUCACCCUCAAACCUUAAGACUUGUCUAACGGGUGCUCUCCACAUAAAUCAAGUUCAAUAAUUAUAUUUUUUUAUAAGUGAAGAUUUU